AUGUACUUUUCGACUAUCCUCCCCAGCAUCCUCCUCGCUUUGCCGACUCGGAUGCUAGUGAGCGGUGUGAGACUUGUACCAACCAACGCAGACGCAUUCGACAAGGAACGAGGCGCGCCGCCUGGCUCUUCUGCCGCUGAUCUACUUUUCUAUUGGCACGACGAUGACGACUCUGGAGACCACAAUAUGGUCGCUACGACAGUAUACAUGAUGACCAACGGAGGAAAUGGGACGCUUUCAGACACCACUGCCAACGGGUACCCGCUCGAGGCAGUCGCUGUCCAAUUCAACAGUUCACACUUCAAGUUCGAGCUGAAGCAAUCUAAUGUGCCAUGGCUAGCCAUAUUCCCAUGUACGAGCGGUAGCAAGGCUGGUAACUCGUCUGCGCUGAUCGAGAAUGCAGAGAGGUUGGGUGCCGUGGCUGCAUUGACAUAUACCGAGGGCAGUGUCUACGCAUACUGCAAUCUCACUGACAACAACCCACCCACCAAACUUCCUAUCUACGCAACCGAAAACUGGGCACACGCGUUCAACGUCUUCUCCGACGAGCUACCAGGACUGUUCAAGCCGAGCAAAGUCCCCUACUACGACCCUGAUGCAUUGACCAACCUUGCCGCCAACAUCUCUGCCGAUUUGAACGCGCUCAAGGGCGAAUCUUUUGCACCCGUCCUCAUCAAAACGCCGGUUAUCCUGGCCCGCAUCCCGCCAGUCGCAAGCAACGUGACCGCGGCCGUGGCACAGGUCGCAUCGAGUUUGAGUGUUGUUGCCGCGAGUCGGACCGCAGCAGCCACAAGACCGUCGACAUCGCCAAGCAGUGCCCUUAGGUCUAUUCGAUCCCCAGUCUUAGCGGGCUCGACGCUUGCGCUUGUUGCUGUAGCUUUCGCGCUGUUGACACUGUAUUGCUUGUGUGGUAGCGCUGACCUUUCUUUGCGUCCUCUUCUGUGA